GCCGCCCGCGCCCGCCCGCCAGCCCGUCCGCCCGCGGCGGGGCCGGCCCUUCGCCCGCCCACCAGCCCCGCGCUCGCCGCCCACCGCUAGCCGCCCGCCGCCCGCCGCUCCGGCCCGCCGCGCGCGCUCCAUGGCUGCUCAGGAGUGGGACUGGUUCCAGCGCGAGGAGCUCAUCGGGCAGAUCAGCGACAUCCGUGUGCAGAACCUGCAAGUGGAGAGGGAAAACGUGCAGAAGAGGACUUUCACACGAUGGAUAAACCUACACCUCGAAAAGUGUGACCCACCUCUAGAAGUAACGGACCUGUUUGUUGAUAUCCAAGAUGGCAAAAUCCUAAUGGCUUUGUUAGAAGUCCUCUCUGGGCGAAAUCUGCUGCAUGAGUACAAAUCCUCGUCACAUCGUAUUUUUCGGUUGAACAACAUAGCAAAAGCACUCAAGUUUCUGGAAGAUAGCAAUGUCAAGCUGGUUAGCAUCGAUGCAGCAGAAAUAGCAGACGGCAACCCCUCGCUGGUUCUCGGGCUGAUAUGGAACAUCAUUCUCUUCUUCCAGAUAAAGGAGCUCACGGGCAACCUCAGCAGGAGUUCUCCAUCUUCCAGCUUGUCACCUGGCUCCGGGGGCACCGACUCCGACUCUUCCUACCCACCCACCCCCGCCACAGAGAGGAGUGUGGCAGUGUCAGUGAAAGACCAGAGGAAGGCCAUCAAGACCCUGCUGUCAUGGGUGCAGAGGAAAACCAGGAAGUAUGGUGUGGCGGUCCAAGACUUUGCGGGCAGCUGGAGGAGUGGCCUGGCUUUCCUGGCUGUCAUCAAAGCUAUUGACCCCAGCCUCGUAGACAUGAAGCAGGCUCUGGAAGAUUCCACCCGGGAAAAUCUGGAGAAGGCCUUCAGCAUUGCACAUGAUUUCUUGCAUAUCCCCAGGCUCCUGGAGCCAGAAGACAUCAUGGUUGACAUGCCGGAUGAGCAGUCCAUUGUGACUUACGUGGCCCAGUUUCUAGAGCGCUUUCCAGAGUUGGAGCCUGAAGACUUUGUAAAUCCAGACAAAGAAGCCCCCAUUGAGUCUACCUUUGUCCGGAUCAAAGAAAGCCCCUCUGAGCAGGAGCGCCGAGUCCUCCUCCUCAGCGAGAACGGAGAGCAGGCCUACACUGUCAACCACGAGACCAGCCACCCGCCGCCUGACAAGGUCUUCGUCUGUGACCAGCUUGAGAGCCCGAAGGGCUUCUGUCUGGACAGUGCGCCCAGCCACAAACUGUCAGACAGCUCCACGGAGUUUAUGCACCAGAUUAUUGACGAAGUCAUCCAGGGGAGCACAGGGAAGACUGGACCCACCACAGAGCCAGCUCCAGAGUCGUCCAUUUUAUCAACCAGAAAGGAUGGUAGGAGGUCCAACUCUUUGCCUGUCAAGAAAACCGUCCACUUCGAGGCCGACUUGCACAAGGAUGCCUCGUGUAGCAAAGACCCUUUCUACAGUUCUGAGUUCCGCUUCGAGGGGAGCCCCAAGGCAGCCAAGGAGCUGUCAAAGCAGGAUGGCCAUGUGGCGUUGGCUGAGGUUUCCAAGGAAAAGAAGCCAGAACAGGAAGCCAGGCUAGUGCUCGAAGUUGCCUCAGACGAGGCCCCUGAAGACACUGUUGAUGGCGUGGAUGCUAUGUCCGAAGAUGCUCAGUCUUCCCAGGAUUCCUCAUUCUGUAAUGGCAUGGUAGAGAGUCCAUCCAGUCAAGGUGAGAAAGGCCAUUCCCCACUGUCCCCUGGAGAUUAUACUAUCCUAGCCAACUCCACUGAGCUCAAGGUUCAGCUGCUGACCGUUGAGCCCAUGGACAAAGACGACUACUUUGAAUGCAUCCCGCUAAAAGCUUCAAAGUUUAACAGGGACCUGGUAGAUUUCGCCUCCACCAGCCAGGCCUUUGGUGAGGAUCCUUCAUCCCACGAGAAGGCACCUGCGGAGGAAGAGGGUUCUGAGAGACCAGGGAAAAAGAAAUCAAAGUCUCCCCAUGCAGAAACAGAGUCUGCCGAGUCCAGAUCAGAGCCCAGCAAACGCGAGCCUCCUCCCAAGGAUCCUGAACGUGAAGACCAAGGCCGCGCUUUGCCCCCGGAAACAUCCGCAGACAAAAAGCCCGAAGUGUAUGAAAAGGCCAAGAGAAAGUCUACUCGUCAUCACAGUGAGGAAGAAGUCGAAACAGAAGGCAGCGGCCUCCCCGCAGUCGGUGGAGAAAUACCAUCCAACCCUCCAAGCACCAGUGUCAGCCUGGAAACCCUCAGGAGUCACAGUGAAGAAGGUUUGGAUUUCAAACCUUCUCCGCCGCUCUCGAAGAUCUCCGUCAUCCCCCACGAUCUGUUCUACUACCCGCACUAUGAGGUACCCCUGGCUGCAGUGCUGGAGGCUUACGCGGAAGGCGGGGAGGAUUUGAAAGGUGAAGAUGCGGACAUAGAGCAUCCAGAGGAGAGCUAUCUGCAGGACUCCAGGGGAGAGGAGGAGGACGAGGAGGAGGAGGAGGCCCACAGCUCCCAAAGCAGCUGCAGUUUCUCCUUGCCUGUUGACAACAGCCACCCCAGAGUCAGCGACCCUGUGUCCCACGUCGACGGGAGUUCUGAGGGACCCACAUCAGCCUCGGGACCUGCUUCUCCACCCUCUUAUGAGGACCACCAGCCAAAGGAAACCAAAGAGAAUGGCCCUGUGGAAAGCCAGUCCCAAGAACCCCUAAACCCAGAACUGCCCACAAAGCCAUUAGAAGAAAAGUUAACGGAAGCCUCAACUAGCAGUAAAAAGAAGGAAAAAAGGAAACACGUGGACCACGUAGAAAGCUCACUAUUUAUAGCCCCUGGGACGGUCCGCUCCUCAGACGACCUUGAAGAAAACCCCUGCGAACACAAGGUCCCUUCCAGGAAUAGUCACAGCGACUCCAGCAUCUACAUUCGGCGACACGCUAAUAGGUCUUUGGAAUUGGACCAUUUUAGCUAUGUUCAAUUGAGGAACGCAGCUGAUCUGGAUGACAGGAGAAACAGAGUGCUAAACAGGACUGGCACCAACUCCUCCGGAGAAGCCGUGCCCCUGGGGAGCCAGAGCCCACCCAACGACUCUCUGACGCAGUUUGUACAGCAGCCCGAUGUGAUAUAUUUCAUUCUCUUCCUCUGGCUCCUGGUUUACUGCUUACUGCUCUUCCCCCAGCUUGAUGUCAGCCGGCUCUGAAAUGCGUGUCUGGAGAAUAAAAAGACAGGACCCUGGCCAGGGCAGAGUCUUCCUACCGUAUCUUACUGUCUGUUCAGGGUCGAGCCACCUGUGCAGAGAUGGAAGACCUCAGAGGGAGCGCAGGCCCCACCCCCUGUUGCUGUCUGGUUCUGUCUGCUCACAUUUCCUCUGAUUCUCUAAGACCCGAGAGCAUGCUUUCCCCUCAGACUGUGUGCUCCCAGCUCACGUUUGAGGCUGGAUCUGUAGGCGGGAUUCCUCCUCAUGUGCCUUGUUUGGUCAGAAGCGAGUCCUUACUAAUGUGUAACCCCGAGCCUGGGUCUUAGCAUGUGCACAUGCAGGUUCCUAAGGUCCUGAAGGAGCUUGAGUUACUUACUUUUAUCUCAGGGGAGAGUCUGUCUGACUUCUAGAAAAAGCUGGAGUUCCUGGAAGGAAGAAAGGUGCCCUGUUUGCCUGCAAGUGUGAGUGAGUGAGUGAAGAGCCUACUCCUCAUACUCUGCCCCGGCCUGACCAUCCUUUGCUGGGGGAGUUAAACAGCACUUACCUGCCCUUCGCCAGGAAUUACACCUGGGCAUUAGCAGACUCCAAAGAAGAGGGCGCUCUGCCCGGUUUGUUGUGAGCUAGAGCCCAUUUGUCUUUAGCCUUGGAGGGUUACAUUUUUAAUUUGCUUUUUUAUUGAUUGAAUCAAGGAACAACUGUAGUUUUCAAACCUUCCCAUCAGUAGGACCUUCUAUCUGAUGAAAAACAGUCUGGGUUUGCCUGUAAAGCAAGGCUCUGGCUGACUGGGGUAGCCCUGCCUCUCCCUCUCUCUGCUGAGUUUUCUGUAGGAAGCCUGACCUCUGGGGCUGCAUGAGGUUCCCUAGGAGACUGGAAGUGGCCCAGCCAGAAUAAACUCGCACAAACAGUGGAGCUGGGAGGGUUUCUGCAGGUUUCUGGGCUCGGGAUGCAUGUGUAUCUUGGCACCAGCAUCCUUUGCGGUUAGCCAAGCAAAGAUCUUGCAAAGGCUUGGACCAGGGUGUAGGCUGAGGCAGGCAGCCUGCAGAAAGAGAAAGGUUUCUUCCCUCACCCUCCUGUCUUCCUCCGCCCCUACCCCAGUGUCCUCUGUCUGCUUUGAGAAGUCUCAAGUCUGGGGAAGCUCCCCGUUCUUCUUCCCCUUGCUAUCCCUCUCAAAAAACACACACAGGGCAGCCCUUAAAAACCACAAACUCUUAGUCCAGAGCAGGGUUCAGGGAGCACUCAGAGAGGCAGAGCAGGCUGGCCAAGGUCACACAGCCCACCAGCAACAGACCGUCACCAGCCCCCAGGCUGCUUGUCCCCACCCCGCCACCCCAGCCCAGUCUGGAACUAGUGCUUUUUCUUUGUAGAAAACUUCCAGCCAGGUACACAAAUGUCCUCAGUCAAACAAAGCCAUCCUUUUUAAGACCUUUUAUUAACCUCCAAGCUUAGCCUGGGCUCCCUCUAGAAUGUUCUUGACGGCUGUAAAGACUUAUGUGUUGGUUACUACUCUUGUUGCUGUGACAAAGCAACUGAGAAAACAACUUAAAGGGGGGUUUGGGGGCUCACAGCUGUGGGAUAGGACCCAUCAUGAAGGGGGAGUCAUGGCAGCAGGACCGUGAGAUGGUUAGUCAUAUAUCAGGAGGCAGGGGGAGGGGAGAGGGGCAGAGAGAAAGAGUAUGGGUGUUAGUUCAGGUUGGGACCCCCAGUCCAGGGCAUGGUGCUGCCCACAUUUCAGGGCAAGCCUUGCCUCUUUCCGGAAAGACCCUCAGAGUCCCAUCCAGGGGUGUGUUUCCAUGAAUACUAAAUGCAGUCAUAUUGACAAAGGAGAUGGAGCAUCUCAUCUUGUGGUUGAUGUGAGCACUAAUCCAGGAGUCAUUCUCCUUAAGCAAGCCGAGGGCUCGCUGGCUUUCAGACACAACUCAGACAAUUUACAUAGCACAUUGAAUCCGGACAGUUAAAAACCUGGCUUCCCAGUCAUUCAGAUUGGUGUCUGCCUCCCGUUCCCCCCCCCCCAAAAAAGACUUGAGGCUUUCUAAGGAGAGAGCGGUAGGGAGCUUGGAACACUUCCAGGUCGAAGGGCCGAAGCUCCAAAGAAAGUGAACUGCUUAAUGAGCUCCCUGAUCUCAUUGGAAGUUCAGAAGUACAGAUGAUAAAGGUUUUCUGUGUGAUGUUUUAUGGCCCCGCACACUGCACGGUCCUGGUCCUUGCCCAGAUGAGGCACCAAAGAGGAGCUGACCCAGAUGUGAGUCGUUUAUUUUAUGGGUCUAGACCUCAGUCCGAAGUCUGUGCGUGCUGCUUCUCUCACCCCCCACAGCUUAGAGCAGCCUUUACAGCCUCUGCAGGCAAGAUGCCCAGGCUUCGUUCAGCCCAAGCUGGCAGGAAGCUGGCUAGUUUAAAGACAACCUUAAUCUCACUUGGGUGUAGGGGAAUAUGGAAGAAACCGUUACAGUAAGCUGCUGGCCAAGCUGUCGGCCACUUGACAUCUUCUUUAAAAAUUAAUUUUUAAAGAGUGAAUGUGUGUGUGUGUGUGUGCAUGUACGUGCUCAUGUACAUGUGUGAGCAUGCUCGUGUAUGUGCGUGCAUGUAUGUGUGCUCGUGUGUGUGCACUCAUGUACAUGUGUGUGCAUGCUCUUGUAUGUGUGUGCGUGUAUGUGUGCUUGUGUAUGUGUGUGUAUAUGUGUGUGUGUGUGUGUGUGUGUGUGUGUAUGUGUGUGUGCGUGCGUGCGUGCGUGCAUGAGUGCAGGUAUCCGUGGAGGCUCUAGGAAGGCGUCAGAUCCCUUUUGUGGGUAUGAAGAACUGAAUCAGAGUCCACUGCAAGAGCGUUAUGUGCUCUUAACUACUGAGUCAUGUCUCUAGCCUCGCUUAGUUAGCUUCUAUUAAAUUAGAAAAUUCUGCAAGUUUAAAAUGAGGACAGCUGUCCCUGAGACUGGCUCACUUGUGGUAGUAGUCCCUUUCAGCUGUUUCUUCUUCUAGUCUCCUCUGGGUCUUUAGUAACUAUAUUACAAAUACAUACAUAUAUAUUACCUCAGAUGGGCUUCCCCUCUCACCAGAACCAUACAGGGUUUGUACUUAGGUCACAUGACUGAUGCAUCUCCCCUUAGUGUCUUGGGCAUGUGGGGACUGCUUCUGAGCUAAGAAGUGGCAGUGGUUAAACAUCUUCGCUUGUCAGUGUCUCCUUCCUUCCCUCUUUUCUUUCUCUUCCUUCGGUGCCCCCUCCCCUUCCCCAUCUGUCCGUUGUUCACCAACUUCCAGAGAAAUGGAAAAUGAGAACCAAAUGUAAAUAACCUUAGAUUUUUUUUUCAUAAUUUAAUAUGUCUGUGAAGCCCUGCCCUUCUUUGUGACUGGGCAUAGAUCCAUCCACAGGUGGGAAUGGAGUCCUUGCUGCUGCUUUCCAAUCGCAUACUUAAGAUUCUGAUGCCAUAGCCGGGCGGUGGUGGCACACGCCUGUAAUCCCAGCACUCUGGGAGGCAGAGGCAGAGGCAGGUGGAUUUCUGAGUUUGUGGCCAGCCUGGUCUACAGAGUGAGUUCCAGGACAGCCAGGGCUACACAGAGAAACCCUGUCUUGAAAAAACCAAAUCCAAAAAA